CUGGAAGGAUCUCUAUCCUGCUUUAACGAGGCACUUGACCUCCCUCGGCGCUCCUCUACUCCCCGAGUGACGCAAAAAAAAGUGGGCUGGCGGAGCGCUAAGUGCAGUAGUUUAGAGGACUAUCGGUGCGCACCGAAACAUCACUACUCACGCAGACUUCAUUUAGAGCGCCUAUAGGUUCAGCCGCCUCUCUCGGAUGUUACACCGGCGCAAACACCUUGUUGGCGGAGACACCGGCAUGUGCGCGGAUGUGUUUGAGAGGGGAAACGCUGACUUCCUUCCCUAAAACCUGUAGCAGCCUCCUUCAUUCAGCACAAAAAUGGAGCUCUCACUUCUCAGGAUGACAUGCGCCUUGGUGGUUAUCUGUCUCUUGGACAAACGGGUAGACUCCAAUGAAAUCUUGGGCCUGAAGCUCCCAAACAUCGACCCGAUCCUGAAUGCCAACACGGUGUGUCUGACACUGCCUGGUCUGACACGGCGCCAGCUGGAGGUGUGCAUGCGUAACCCAGAUGUGACGGCUUCAGCAAUUCAGGGAAUCCAGAUCGCUAUCCAUGAGUGUCAGUACCAGUUCAGAGGGCACCGCUGGAACUGCUCGGGCCUGGAGACCAGAAACAAAAUACCCUAUGACAGCAUUGUCUUCAAAAGAGGUUUUAAAGAGAGCGCCUUUGCGUACGCCAUCGCCGCGGCAGGCGUGGUGCAUGCGGUAGCCAACGCCUGCUCGAUGGGCAAACUGAAAGCGUGCAGCUGCGACGAGAAGCGGCGCGGGGACGAGGAGGCCUUCCGCAUCAAGCUUCACCGCUUACAACUGGAGGCCAUCCACAGAGGGAAGGGCAUGGUGCAUGGCGUCAUGGAGCACUUCCCCGCCGACAUGCAGGGGCCCCAGGACUCCUGGGAGUGGGGCGGCUGCAGCCCUGAUGUGGAAUUUGGAGAGAAAUUCUCACGGGACUUCCUGGAUGCCCGUGAGACCAACAGGGACAUCCAUGCUCGUAUGAGGCUACAUAAUAACAGAGUUGGCAGACAGGUGGUGCUUGACCACAUGAGACGGAAAUGCAAGUGCCACGGGACGUCGGGCAGCUGCCAGCUCAAGACCUGCUGGCAGGUCACUCCAGAGUUCCGGGUGGUGGGCUCAAUCCUCAAAGAGCGCUUCCACAUCGCCACGCUCAUCAAGGCUCACAACCGGAACAACGGACAGCUGGACCACUCCCAGAAUAACCACCACCACCACAACCACCACCAUCACCAGCACAGAUAUCACAACAACCACCACACGCACCGGCGGCGGCCCGGCAUCAACGAGCUCAUCUACUUCGAAAAGUCGCCGGAUUUUUGCGAGCGGGACCUGGGCUCGGACUCGGCGGGCACGCAGGGCCGGAUCUGCAACAAGACCAGCCCUGGCAUGGACAACUGUGAGAGUCUGUGCUGUGGGAGAGGCCACAACAUUCUGCAGCAGACGCGGAGCGAACGUUGCAACUGCAAGUUUCACUGGUGCUGCUAUGUGGUCUGUGAAGAGUGCAGGAUAACAGAGUGGGUCAGCGUCUGCAAAUGAAGAAAAAAUGCCAAAAGACUAAUUAAAGAAAGUAUUGAAAAAAAUAAUAAUUAAAAUCCAGACUGUUACUUUGAAAGGGGAAUAUGACUGUAAUAUACAUGCCCCAUUCUUUUUUGCGGCGGACUGCAGUUUCUCUUUGCAGAAAAGACGAGCUAGGACAGAGUGUGGAGCGGAGACUGACAGCAGGAAGAUAGACACGGAUGCCGGUGAAGAGUCCGCACAUGCAGCGUGUGUGUAAAGCUGCCACAACUCAGAGACUUUGGAUGUAUACUGCCCUCCCCUUGAUUCCAGUUUGGCACAGUCGUAUGAGAUAAAUAUCUGUAAGAAAACAAAUGUAUGUUGACUGACACGCAGCUGCAUGAGACGGGCAAAGAGGAAGCGGAAGGUUGCAGGCAGAAAAAAAAAUAAUAAAAUCGCUUUAUAGCAACAACAUUAUAAGAUCUGCAUGAAAAAUAUGAUUUUCUUUUCAAUCACUAAACAGUACUCCAUCAACUUAAUAUCUUGCAAUGUCUCUUAUCUACUGCAUACGAAAAAAUCUACACCUUUGUAGACCACCACAGAAUUUGACACAGCACAUAACAGCACAGCAUAUCUGAAGCACCUAAGGACUCUGUGCCUUGUUUCAAGGCAGUCUAGCCAUAGUCAUGGCGGCAGGUGGCACAGAGAUUUUCUCAUUAGAUGUCUCAGCUGACACUCUAUAGACGUACCAGUUAAUGUUAACAGGCAUAAUCUAUAACACCAAACACACCCCCCAAUCCCACAGGUAAAAAGAACAGACUGAGCUAUUUAAAUUGAAAGGUUGCAUUAAAGGGCCUAAUUUUUGUUAACAAAAAAAAAAAAAAAAAAAAAAAACAUGGUUACUGUGGAAACAUCACAGCUAUGAUGAGAUAGAGCGGCUGACGCUGAAGUCAAUCAAAAGGCUGAUGUGAAACUCUGAUUGCUGGUGCUGCUUCCUCAUAUCAGUGGAAAGCAUUUCCUUUCCACUAAUGGAAGAUGUUGAGAUAAAAUUAACAGUGUAAGAAGAACAACCACUCUAUACACUGUAAGAUUCAUGUUGUGCACCCAUUUGAGUUUCAAAACUGCUGGGGCGCAAGCUUUCCAAGUUCCUACACCUCCCUGACACACAGCUACAUUGUCCCGAAUUGCGUUAUCCAAAAUGUACCGUGUGUGGUCUAUGUUGCGUGUGGUACGUAAUGUGGAAGGACUGUCUCGGUGCACAGUAAGCCUUCAUUUAACAAGUCCAGUUAUCAUCAUCAAGCCAAUGUGAACAGCACUGUAAAUAAAAAUGAAUAAUGCUCCACAAAUACCAUCAAUAAUUUUAAAGCGCCUCAGGAAACUGAGUUCACAUGAACAGGCUCCACUUCCUUCUACUCUAAACAUCCUAAACUGUCAUCAAUCAAAGUGUUUCCUGUAUCGUGAUGCAAUGUACUGUGCUCAACACUGUAAGCUUCAUGUAUAAUAUCGACACUCACCUUCUUCACACUUCUUCUAUGUGCACAACAUGGAUAUUCUGAUGUCGACUUCAAAGUGUAUAAAUAAGAACGCUGACUUCCGCUUGCGUACAUUCAUAAGAUCAUAUUUGGUCUAAAAAAAAGUGUAUGAGUAAGGCUCCUUAUCAGACAGUGUAAUUUAUUUCAAGCAAGCGUCUUUCUGUGCUGAAAGCAGAAGAAAAAGAAAAGUAUGGGAGUAUGUUUCCAGUUUAACAGAUUAUUUUGAUUCUGAUAAGUAGUUUGCACAUACAGAACUGUGUCCAGGACAACUCUGGGAAAAUAUCAGCAAUAUGCAUUAUUUUUUUCAUGUCAUAAAUGUAAUGUAUGUAUGUUUGUUCAUGUUUUAAUAUGGUUAUUAUCUAAGUUAUUUUAUUUUUGUGGAUAACUUAAUAUUUGUAAGACAAUAAAGACGGACCGUAACAAUGAAAGGGGCUUUAAUGUGAUGAAUAAUAAAAUACAUGAAAACAGUG